AUGCGAACCUUCAAUUCGUGUCGCGAGGCCCGCUCCGUCAUUGAGCAGAUCGCGCUAUCUUUGGCCGCGGCGGAGUCAGCUCUUCACUUCGAACACCGCGAUCUUCAUUGGCACAAUGUGCUCGUGCGACCCACGCGUCAAUCAAAGCUGCGCUACCGCAUAGGGAAUAUCAGUUAUGCUGUGCAGACAGAGGGCAUCCAUGUCACCAUCAUUGACUUCACUGUAUCUCGACUUUGUCACGGUGAGCUAAAUCGGCACUGGUUGUUUAUGUGA